GGCCGUGGGCCGUGGGCCGUGGCCGGCGCUGGAGGCGGGGCCGCGCCGGCGGCGGCGGCGGCGGGCUGGAGCGCAGGCGGCCGGGCCCGGGGCCGGGGCGCGGAUCGCGAGCGGCCGUGACCGUGACCGUGACCGGGAGCGAUAUUAUCUUGGCCUGAAAGUUCCCGGAUUUAAAGAAAUGCCUACCGUUGAAAUGCCGGCACUCAGCAGUGACUGUCCACAUUUGGAGUCAGUGGGUGAAAUAACAAAAGAAAAUUUGAUACAGAAAUCUCUUGGUACCUGCCAAGAUUGUAAAGUCAGAGGACCUAAUCUCUGGGCCUGCCUCGAGAACCGAUGCACGUACGUUGGCUGUGGCGAGGCCUAUGUAGACCACAGUACCAUUCACUCUCAGGAGACAAAGCACUAUCUCACCGUAAACCUCACCACACUUCGAGUCUGGUGUUAUGCCUGCACCAAAGAAGUCUUCCUGGAGAGGAAGCUGGGGGCAUCCGCUUCCCUGCCACAGACACUGAGACCUCCGCCCACAGCCCUGGAAAACACCAUCCAGAGCAAGGACUUCAAGGUGCCACACCCUGCCCUCCAGACUCCUCUAGCUGCGGUGUUUGAUGACCCGGACAGGGACGCAGAGGAAGAGGAUGGGCUGAAGGCGAGAGGUCUCACGGGCUUGAAAAACAUUGGCAACACUUGCUAUAUGAAUGCUGCUUUGCAAGCUCUUUCUAACUGCCCACCUUUGACCCAGUUCUUUCUGGACUGUGGAGGACUAGCCCGGACAGAUAAGAAACCAGCCAUCUGUAAGAGCUAUCUCAAGCUGAUGACAGAGCUGUGGCACAAGAGCAGGCCUGGAUCUGUCGUUCCUACUAAUUUGUUUCAAGGAAUUAAAACUGUCAACCCAGCAUUUCGAGGUUAUUCCCAACAGGAUGCCCAGGAAUUCCUCCGAUGUUUAAUGGACCUGCUUCAUGAGGAGCUCAAAGAGCAGGUCAUGGAGACAGAGGAUGGGGCCCCGCCGGGACCAGCCGAGGAUCGCCUCGAGGACGAGAAGAGCCCGUCGGAGAUGGACUUCCAGUCAUGUGAGUCGUGUGGGAGCAGCGACAAAGCCGAGAAUGAGGCCGGCUCCCGAGGUCUGGCGGAAGACCACAUGGAGACGGCCAUGUUAAUCCAGGAAGAGGAGAACAACCCCGAGGUGGCCAAAGAGAAAGCUCUGGCUAACAAGGCGAUCCCCAAGAGUCCCGAGGACGACCUGGAGAAAGAUGCAGAUACUUUGUCAGAGAUAGCAGACGUUGUGAACAGCCAGGAAACGGUCAAAGUGCAGAUACACAGCCGGCUUCCAGAACAUGCGUCCGAUAGUCAUUCGAAUGACCAUCUCCCAUCGAGUGAAGGAGGCGCCCCACGCUUGUCCGUCAGCCCUCCCAGAUCCAGUUCCCUGUGGCCAGGAGCCAUGUCUGGCCACAAAAGAGCUCUGCCGGCCUCAUCUCCCAAGAGGAAGAAACAACCCAAGAGAUACCGCAGCAUCAUCUCGGACAUCUUCGAUGGGACGAUCGUGAGCUCCGUGCAGUGUCUGACUUGUGACCGGGUGUCGGUGACGCUCGAGACCUUCCAGGAUCUGUCGUUGCCCAUCCCCGGAAAGGAGGACUUGGCCCGGCUACACUCAUCCAGUCACCCGACAGCCGUGGUGAAAGUCGGCUCCUGCGGGGAGGCCUACGCGCCCCAGGGCUGGCUGGCCUUGCUCGUGGAGUACUUGCGGAGGUUUGUUGUCUCCUGUGUCCCUAGCUGGUUUUGGGGCCCAGUAGUGACCUUGCAAGAUUGUCUCGCUGCCUUUUUCGCCAGAGAUGAGCUCAAAGGUGACAACAUGUACAGUUGUGAGAGAUGCAAAAAACUGAGGAACGGAGUUAAGUUCUGUAAGGUGCAGAAGUUUCCUGAGAUUUUGUGCAUCCACUUGAAGAGGUUCAGGCACGAGCUCAUGUUUUCCACCAAAAUCAGCACCCACGUGUCUUUUCCUCUUGAGAGUCUGGAUCUUCAGCCCUUCCUUGCCAAGGAUAGUCCUGCACAGAUCGUGACCUAUGACCUGUUGUCGGUCAUCUGUCACCACGGAACCGCAAGCAGUGGACAUUACAUCACCUACUGCCGCAAUAACCUCAAUAACCGGUGGUACGAAUUCGACGAUCAGAGCGUGACCGAAGUCUCGGAAGCGACUGUCCAGAACGCAGAAGCUUAUGUGCUCUUCUACAGGAAGAGCAGUGAGGAUGCGCAAAAGGAGAGGCGGCGGGUGUCCAACUUGUUGAACAUGAUGGAGCCGAGCCUUCUUCAGUUCUACGUCUCUCGACAGUGGCUGAACAAGUUCAAGACCUUCGCAGAGCCCGGCCCCAUCUCCAAUCAUGACUUUCUCUGUAUUCACGGAGGGGUCCCCCCACGCAAAGCCAGCUACAUUGAAGACCUCGUGGUGAUGCUCCCUCAGAACAUUUGGGACAACUUAUAUAGCAGGUACGGGGGAGGUCCUGCAGUGAACCACCUGUACGUGUGCCACACCUGCCAGAUCGAAGCAGAGAGAGCAGAGAAGAGAAGGAAGAUGGAGCUGGAGUUGUUUAUCCGGCUGAACCGGGCCUUCCAAGAAGAGGAGUCGCCAGCGGUGUUCUUCUGCAUCAGCAUGCAGUGGUUCAGAGAGUGGGAAGGGUUUGUAAAAGGGAAGGAUGGAGAUCCCCCCGGUCCCAUUGAUAAUACUAAGAUUGCCGUCACUAAGGGUGGUAGUGUCGUCCUCAAACAAGGGGCAGAUUCGGGGCAGAUUUCUGAAGAAACGUGGAAUUUCCUUCAUUCCAUCUACGGGGGGGGUCCUGAGGUCAUUUUGCGACCACCCGUCGCCCCUGUAGAGCCUGACAUGCUGCAGACAGAGGAGAACGUUGAAGUCGAGACUCGAGCCCUCUGACCACAAGGAUACUGAUCAUGAUGUCCGUGGGAAAUCAAUUCCACUUGCACAAAGAAAAAACCAUUCCUGAAAGCAUGUUGACUUUCUUGCUUUUUUACCUUUGCCCCCUUCCUUCCCCCUCACUGGGCAUUACAGUUGUGGGUGAGCGCAUCACAACUUGGGAUCUACUCUAGGUGAUGCGUUUAACGCUAAAUAAUUUACUGUGAAAUCUUUCAGAUGUUACGUUUUGGAAGGGACGAGCUCCGUGUCUUGAAAUUGUUCAAUCAGCGGACAGUAGGUCAUUGAUCUUUUUUACAUGUAGACUUGUCAAAUAAAAUGGCUUUUACGAUGGUUUUCAUCCCCAAAUCCCAUGAUUCCGACCCCAUGUUGAGUGCUCCAUCAAGGGCGCCUGUUGGAAAUGGACUCUGCGGGGCCCCUUUAAAUUGUUCAGGUCGGAACUGGAGGAUUUGUGUGAAUUUCCUAAAACUCAGGAAAAGUAACCCCUCACCCCUUUUUGGCACUGCACAUGGAAACCUUGGCCACGCUUUCUCCUUUGGCCGUGUCAUGAACACGAUUGGUUUGGGUGGGUUCGUCAGCAGAUGGAAUUGCUUGUAUGUUGUCAGUGUUUGGUGUCAAUGCUUACAAGCCCAGAUAGCAUUGCAUUUGUGGCGGUGGCUGUAGAAUCGCCAGCCAGUUUUAGGGUACUUUUCUUUUGAGAGCAUGCAGUGUGUAAUGUACAUCAGUACCCCUGACCACACUGAAGAGCGCUUGGAGAAGCUUUCUCUUACAUGCAUCAACAUCCCUCCUGAAUAAUUUUCUGCACCUCUCUCUGCAGCAUGAAUACAUGAUGUCCAAAGCUGGGCUGAUGGCGAGAUGGCAAAACCGAGCCGGGUGAUUCCUUCGGGAAUGUUGCAAGGCGCUGGUUGGGGUUGUGGGGGGAGGGACCACUUGUUGCUGCUACAGCUCAAGCAAUGUUCUGAACCAGCUCAAUAAAGUGAUUUGU